ACUCCCAGCCAGCCCUCCAGGGAGCGAAAACAGAGCUGUGGAAGCAAGGAAGUGGUAAAAACACGUCGAUUUUACUGAGCAGAGCGGAGACAGGCAGCUGCUUCAGGUUUUAAACACAAACCAUGACCCCUGGGCAAAAACCUGGACCUUUUUUCGCUGUAGUCGGAUUGUAUCUGCUGUUGUCAUUGCCUCCCACCUCUCUAUCUAACAGCAAUGUAAGUCUAACCUCCGCUCCCCCUCCUGCCACACAACAGAAUGCUAUGACGACCACAUCCAACGGAACCAUGCACGUUCCAGCCACAGCCCCAUCUGCAGGUCCCCAGGUCAACACCAGCGAGUCUGGGGCUGCAACAACAGCGCUUGUUUCUACAGACAGCUCCACUUUAACUACUCUGUAUCCUACUGCUAAUGAAUCUACAACCCCAGUGAAUGAGACAGAGGGUACCACAGCGCCCCCUGUCACAACACUGCCCACUACUCACGCCAUUCAGACCAGCGCUGGCACGAUCCCCACCAGCCUGAAGCCAGACCAGAAUGAAUCUGUAACAAGCGGAGCCCCCAGUGUCACCGGGAGCCUCCCAGUGCAGCCCGCCUCCUUCUACACGACCCUCGUCAGCACUCACAACUUAGGCAAGCGAUUUGGACUCAACAAUUCAGAAAUGGCGAUUACCAUCUUCUUCAGCACUGUUCUCGGAGUGGCUGUCCUCGUGCUCGUCAUGUACAGCCUGAACAAGUGCAAGAGGAAGAGCGCUCAGUAUUCACACCGGCCUCUGUACAACACUGCAGACGAGACAGUGGACAGAUACAGCGCCCCAGAUGAUACGCUGGUCAUUUCAGGAGGCUUGUAUGAUGGCAUCCAAAUAUACAACCCAAACAUGACUGUUGAGGAGGACGAAGAACUCCACCCAGAGCAUCGGCCCUUUGGCUCCAGAGCCCCUCAGUUUCGGCUGGAAUUUUUGCCAGAAGAACAGGGCAGGCCCCCCAGUAUUGAAGGGUCUACCUUUGAAACAUUUCAGGCUCCCCCUGAAGAGGUUUGAUUCAUUUCAGACUGCAACCACCACGAGACCCAAACAGGAAGGUGUAAGCUGACGUUUCGGUGGUACUGUACGUACUUAUUGAACUGUCAUGCUUAAUCUUUUUUUGUUUGUUUGUUUGUAGUCCGUUAUUCAAGAUAUCGCAGAGGCCCAUAAUGAAAAAAUAGGGAGGGGUGAUGCUCAGGAAAUAUUGUUAUGUCAUCUUGUGUUUUUCAGAGGAACCUCUCCCGUGAUGAUGAUUUCCACUUGAUUUAGAUUUUCAACUUCUCAAACAGGGCAACUUACACCAUUGCUACUACAAAC